AUGCCCUCUAUCAGUCGUCUCCUCGCCCUAGCCGUCACCCUCGGGGUAACCAGCGCAGCCUUCCAGGGCUUCAACUACGGCACCACACUAGCCGACGGCAGCGCCAAAACCCAGGCCGACUUUGAGAACGAGUUCAAGACAGCUGCAUCCCUCGAAGGCACUGACGGCGCAUUCAAGAGUGCUCGCCUUUACACCAUGAUCCAGGGAGGCACCCCCAACGAUCCCGUCUCUGCCAUCCCUGCCGCUAUCAAGACCAAGACUAGUCUUCUAUUUGGUCUCUGGGCCUCUGGUGGUGACGCAGUCUUUGGCAACGAGAUUGCGGCCCUGAAGAAAGCUGCCGAGCAAUACUGCAGCCAGCUGGACCACCUCGUCGCCGGUAUCUCAGUAGGCAGCGAAGAUCUCUAUCGCAACUCGCCCAUAGGCAUCAAGAACAAGGAGAAUCCCGGUGUCAACCCAGACACUCUGGUAAACUACAUCUCACAAACACGCAAUGCCGUUAAAGGCACCUGUCUUGAGACCAUCCCAAUUGGUCACGUCGAUACCUGGACGGCCUUCGUCAACGGCUCCAAUAAAGCCGUCAUCGACGCCUGCGACUGGCUCGGCAUGGACGCUUACCCUUACUACGAAGAUACUAAGCAUAACCCCGUAUCCGAGGGCCCGAGCCUCUUCCAUGCUGCCUGGGACAAAGUCACGGCUGUAGCCGGCGGCAAGGGGAUUUGGAUUACAGAGACAGGCUGGCCCAUCAGCGGCAAGACAUCCGGCGAGGGUGUCGCCUCGAUCAGCAACGCUCGCACCUACUGGAAGGAUGUUGGAUGUCCCAUGUUUGGCAGCACCAACGUCUGGUGGUACACUCUCCUUGACGCCGGUACUCAGUCGUCGAAUCCUAGCUUCGGCGUUGUGGGAUCCAAGUUGACCAAGAAGCCGUUGUACGACCUCAGUUGCGGGAAGAAGCGCAGUGUCUAG